GGAGCCGUAGACGUGUAGUGUCUGGUGUGUUGUCGGCUGCUCUCUGCACACGACAUGGGCACUCUUCUGCACAUCUUGCACGUGGUGGUGCUGACGACUACAUUAGCAGCAGCAGCAGCAGUACACAAGAGAGAAGCACCGCUUGUUGGAGGUGGAUACCCAGGCGGUGGGGGAGGAGGGGGAUAUCCUAGAGGAGGAGCUGCUUCACCACCGUCUACAAGCUACGGUGUCCCAGCAGCCCCGGCCCCCGUGCCGUCAUCUAGCUACGGCGCCCCUGCUGGGGGUGGCGGCUCUGGUGGCUACAGCACACUAGGAGGAGGACCAUCAGUGCCAUCAAGUAGUUAUGGAGCUCCAUCCAGCGGUGGUGGAGGUGGUGCACCUUCCAGCAGCUACGGCGCCCCCAGCAGUGGCGGAACAGCUAGCUGGAGUGGUGGAGGUGGAGGUGGAUACAGUGGCGGUGGAUCUGUUCCUUCUACUUCUUAUGGCGCUCCAUCUUCAGGUGGAGGAGGAGGUAGAGGUGGAUACAACACGAUUGGAGGAGGAGCUUCAGCACCAUCUACAAGCUACAACCUACCCACGGCAUCCGUAUCAAUAUCAUAUGGACCACCUAGCAGAGGAAACGGCGGCGGUAGUGGCGGAGGAUAUAGCGGUGGUGGUGGUGGAAGUGGAGGAUACAGUAAUGGUGGUGGAGGAAGUGGAGGAUACAGUGGCGGCGGUGGUGGAGGUGGAGGUUACAGUGGAGGAGGCUCUUCAGCGAUACCGUCGACAUCCUACGGCACACCAUCUAGUGGUGUUGGAGGAUACAGCACUAUAGGAGCAUCAGUUCCAUCAUCAUCGUACGGCUCACCUGCUGCCACACCUUCAUCGUCAUAUGGGGCCCCUGCAGUUGGCAGUAAUGGAGGAAGUUGGAGUGCUGGUGGUGGCGGUGGAGGAGGAGCAGCAGCACCAUCAUCCUCAUACGGAGUUCCUGCAGCUGGAGGUGGAGGAUCAAGCUGGAGUGCUGGUGGUGGAGGUGGAGGAUCGGCACCAUCAUCCUCAUAUGGAGUUCCUGCAGCUGGAGGUGGAGGAUCAAGCUGGAGUGCUGGAAGUGGUGGUGGAGGAGGAUCAGCCCCAUCAUCGUCAUACGGAGCUCCUGCAGCUGGAGGUGGAGGUUCAAGCUGGAGUGCUGGUGGUGGAGGAGGGGGAGCAGCACCAUCAAGUAGCUAUGGAGCACCUGCUGCCACACCAUCUUCCUCUUAUGGAGCACCAGCUGCCGGAGGUGGAGGAUCGAGCUGGAGUGCUGGAGGGGGUGGUGGUGGAGGAUCAGCCCCAUCAUCCUCAUACGGAGUUCCUGCAGCUGGAGGUGGAGGAUCGAGCUGGAGUGCUGGGGGUGGAGGAAGGGGAGCAGCCCCAUCAAGUAGCUAUGGAGCACCUGCUGCCACACCAUCUUCCUCUUAUGGAGCACCAGCUGCCGGAGGUGGAGGAUCGAGCUGGAGUGCUGGAGGGGGUGGUGGUGGAGGAUCAGCCCCAUCAUCCUCAUACGGAGCUCCUGCAGCUGGAGGUGGAGGAUCGAGCUGGAGUGCUGGGGGCGGAGGAGGGGGAGCAGCCCCAUCAAGUAGCUAUGGAGCACCAGCUGCCGGAGGUGGAGGAUCGAGCUGGAGUUCUGGAGGUGGUGGUGGUGGAGGAUCAGCCCCAUCAUCCUCAUAUGGUGCUCCUGCAGCUGGAGGUGGAGGAUCAAGCUGGAGUGCUGGUGGUGGAGGAGGAGGAGUAGCACCAUCAAGUAGCUAUGGAGCACCUGCUGCCACGCCAUCUUCGUCUUAUGGAGUGCCAGCUGCCGGAGGUGAAGGAUCGAGCUGGAGUGCUGGAGGUGGUGGUGGUGGUGGAGGGUCAGCCCCAUCAACCUCGUAUGGAGUUCCUGCAGCCGGAGGGGGAGGAUCGAGCUGGAGUGGUGGUGGUGGAGGUGGAGGAUCAGCACCAUCAUCUUCAUAUGGUGUUCCUGCAGCUGGAGGUGGUGGAUCAAGUUGGAGUUCUGGAGGUGGGGGAGGAAGAGGAGCGGCACCAUCAAGUAGCUAUGGAGCACCUGCUGCCACACCAUCUUCCUCUUACGGUGUCCCAGCAGCUGGAGGUGGUAGUGCUAGCUGGAGUGGAGGUGGAGGAGGGGGAUAUAUUAGUGGCGGAGGAGGAGCCAGACCAUCUAGUAGUUAUGGAACACCUGCUGCUAUACCAUCUUCUAAUUACGGAGCACCUGGAGGUGGGGUUGGUGGCGCUAGUUGGAGCAGCGGAGGAGGUGGGGGGUCUAGCUGGAGUGGUGGUGGUGGUGCAUCAAGACCCUCCUCAUCCUAUGGAGCUCCAUCAGGUGGAUCUACAAGCACAUCCAUCGUUCAGUCUGUGAGCUUUGGCAUCCCUUCAACAAGUUAUGGAACGCCAGCAAACGGAGGAGGCUCUAGCUGGAGCAGCGGUGGAGGUGGGGGAAGCGGUGGAAGGCCAUCAUCAUCUUAUGGGGCACCUGCUAGUGGGGGCAGUUCUAGCUGGAGUGGAGGGGGUGGGGGUGCAUCUCGACCAUCCAGUUCAUAUGGCGUUCCGGCAUCGGGUGCGAACGGAGGUGGAUCAAGUUGGAGUGGGGGAGGCAGCGGUGGAGCAUCCAGGCCUUCCAGUUCCUAUGGAGCUCCAAGCACUAGCUCCAGUUGGAGUGGAGGAGGUGGUGGGCGACCUUCCUCAAGCUACGGAGCACCUACCAACGGAGGAGGGUCGAGUUGGAGCGGUGGUGGUGGAGGAUCUUCAAGACCUUCAAGUAGUUAUGGGCCACCCUCAGCUGGGAGUGGAUCAUGGAGUGGGGGUGGAGGUGGAGGCAGUAGUAGACCAUCACAGCCAUCAUCAUCAUAUGGUGCCCCAUCUAGCGGGGGAUCUGCUGGUUGGAGUGGGGGAGGUGGUGGAUCAUCCGGAGGAUCUCCCUCUACAUCGUACGGCGUCCCAGCAACGGGAGGUCAACAGUAUUCAGAGGACGGUGGAUACGUUUACUAGGCUGUUUUAGCUUUGAUUUACAGAAAUCUUGUUAUCUUGCUCUAUAGGUAUUGUCCUAUUACUUUCAAGAUGAUUUGCUCAUGAAAGGAAGCGGAGAAAAUGGCUGAAGAACAUUUCUUGGCUAUCAUGAACGAGCCAUUUUAAAUGCCAAAUUUAAUACUAAGGAUGAUGUUGCAACAGUUUGUGACUUAAAAACUAUGUAAAUAUUUUUAUAUAUGUAUGAUGUUGUAGAUAAUUUGCCUGUUGAAUACUAGCUGUUAGUUUAAACAAGACUCUUUAUUUAGA